GCAGCCGAACAACCGCCGACCACCGCCUCCGCCGCGCUCUCGCUGCGCGCGUCGCUCUUGGCCCCUUCCGGCCACCGUUGGUCUCUAUGCCGCCGCGCCCCUGACCCGGAAGAGCAUUCUCCUUAGCAACUGCGGGACCGCCGCGGCGCCAGCCUCCGGGGAGCAACGCUAGUGACGACUGAGCUACUCAAGGCAGGAAGAACUCUGAGCUGAGCAGUGGAGGCCUCCCCUGGAUCUGGAGAGAAGAGGCGACCUUGGAACCAGUAAUGAGCCAUCCUGACUGCAAGCUGAACCUCCGGCCCCUGGGGACCCCCAGAGGUGUGUCCUGUGUGGUUGGCCCACAUGGUGUUGGUGCUUCGCCAGGUGACAAAAAGUCAAAGAACAAGUCCAUACGAGGGAAGAAAAAGAGCAUAUUUGAAACCUACAUGUCCAAGGAGGAUGUCUCAGACGGCUUGAAGAGAGGAACACUUAUCCAGGGUGUAUUGAGAAUUAAUCCAAAGAAGUUUCAUGAAGCCUUCAUUCCUUCCCCGGAUGGUGAUCGAGACAUUUUUAUCGAUGGGGUUGUUGCUCGUAAUAGAGCCUUGAAUGGGGAUCUGGUGGUCGUGAAGCUGCUUCCAGAGGAGCAAUGGAAGGUAAUUAAACCAGAGAGCAAUGACAAAGAAACAGAAGGUGCCUAUGAAUUAGAUCUCCCUGAGGAGCUCUGUGGAAGCCAUCUCCCGCAGCAGUCCGUGAAAGGCUACGGUGACAGUCCUGAUGUCAUUAUAGAGGCUCAGUUUGAUGACAGCGACUCAGAAGAUGGACAUGGCAACACACAGAAUGUUCUGGUUGAUGGUGUCAAGAAACUCUCAGUUUGUGUUCAUGACAAAGGAAAAGAGGAUGCUGAUGCUCCAGUUACAAAGGAUGAGAGCACCUCCAUGUCACAGGACCCAAGAGCUUUACCAGAGAAAUCGCUGCAAAGAUCAGCAAAGGUGGUUUACAUCUUGGAGAAAAAACAUUCCCGGGCAGCAACUGGCUUUCUCAAACUUUUGGCUGAUAAGAACAGUGAACUGUUUAGGAAAUAUGCCUUGUUUUCUCCCUCGGACCACCGAGUGCCUAGAAUUUAUGUGCCUCUCAAGGACUGUCCCCAGGACUUUGUGACCCGGCCUAAAGAUUAUACCAACACACUGUUCAUCUGCCGCAUCGUGGACUGGAAGGAGGACAGCAAUUUUGCUCUGGGGCAGCUGGCUAAGAGUCUUGGGCAGGCUGGUGAAAUUGAGCCUGAAACAGAAGGAAUACUAACAGAGUAUGGUGUGGAUUUCUCCGAUUUCUCUUCGGAAGUUCUAGACUGUCUCCCUCAAGGUCUGCCCUGGACAAUUCCACCAGAGGAAUUCAGCAAGAGAAGAGAUUUAAGGAAAGACUGUAUCUUCACCAUUGACCCAUCAACUGCCCGCGACCUCGAUGAUGCCCUCUCCUGCAAGCCACUUGCUGAUGGCAACUUUGAAGUGGGGGUUCACAUUGCAGAUGUCAGCUAUUUUGUUCCCGAGGGAUCCCCCCUGGAUAAAGUGGCUGCUGAGAGAGCUACAAGCGUCUACUUGGUUCAGAAGGUCGUCCCCAUGCUUCCCAGGCUGCUGUGCGAGGAGCUGUGCAGCCUCCAUCCCAUGACCGACAAGCUGACCUUCUCUGUGAUCUGGACGCUAACCCCUGAGGGCAAGAUCCUUGGUGAAUGGUUUGGUCGGACCAUCAUUCGCUCCUGUACCAAACUGAGCUACGAGCAUGCACAGAGCAUGAUUGAAAGCCCGACCGAGAAAAUCCCUGAGAAGGAGCUGCCGCCCAUCUCCCCCGAGCACACCAGUGAGGAGGUACACCAGGCUGUCUUGAAUCUCCACGGAAUCGCAAAGGAGUUGCGAAAACAACGGUUUGUGGACGGCGCACUGCGUCUGGAUCAACUAAAACUUGCUUUCACUCUGGAUCACGAGACUGGACUGCCUCAAGGAUGUCACAUCUACGAGUACCGCGACAGCAACAAGCUCGUGGAGGAGUUUAUGCUCCUGGCUAACAUGGCAGUGGCCCACAAGACGCACCGCACCUUCCCUGAGCAUGCCCUGCUGCGCCGGCACCCCCCACCCCAGACCAAGAUGCUCAAUGACCUCGUGGAAUUCUGUGAACAGAUGGGGCUGCCCAUGGACUUCAGCUCUGCUGGGGCCCUCAAUAAAAGUCUGACCAAAACAUUUGGAGAUGACAAGUACUCACUGGCCCGGAAGGAAGUGCUCACCAACAUGUGCUCCCGGCCCAUGCAGAUGGCCCUGUACUUCUGCUCGGGGGUGCUGCAGGACCAGACACAGUUCCGGCACUACGCCCUCAACGUGCCGCUGUACACCCACUUCACCUCCCCCAUCCGCCGCUUCGCCGACGUCCUGGUGCACCGCCUCCUGGCCGCCGCGCUUGGCUACGGGGAGCUGCCCGACUUGGAGUCCGAGGCCCUGCAAAAGCAGGCUGACCACUGCAAUGACCGCCGCAUAGCCUCCAAGCGCGUCCAGGAGCUCAGCACCGGCCUCUUCUUUGCCAUCCUGGUUAAGGAAAGCGGCCCCCUGGAGUCAGAAGCCAUGGUGCUAGGCGUCCUGAACCAAGCCUUCGACGUGCUGGUGCUGCGCUACGGGGUGCAGAAGCGUGUCUACUGUAAUGCUCUGCCCCUGCGGUCCCACCACUUUCAGAAGGUGGGCAAGAAGCCAGAGCUCACGCUCUUCUGGGAGCCUGAGGACGAAGGACAGGAGCAAGUGCAGCAGGUUGUCACCAUCUUCAGCCUGGUGGAGGUGGUACUGCAGGCCGAGACCACCGCCCUCAAGUACAGCGCCAUCCUCAAGCGGCCGGGCACCGAGGGCCUCCUGGCCCUGCAGGACAAGGAGCGAGCCGCCGGUGGCCCGCAGGCCUGAGGCCUCCCGCGCAGCCGCACCCCGCCCACACCCCUGCCCCACCCACCGGCUUUUAGGAAUAGGACCUUUCGACACCAAAGGGGAUUUUUAAUUUGGUUUUUAACAACUCAGGGUUUUGUUUUUAUUUCCUCAUUCUAUUUUAUUUUUGCAGCUCAGUUUUUAAACAAACUGGAGAGGAGAGGGCGGGGCUGGACGGAAGGCUGAGGCCUGGCUGGUGCUUCACCGGAGCAGAAUGGGACCCGGUCCUCCUGGGAAGGCCAGCCCCCCUUCUGCCAGGCCACCCACUGCCUUCCCCUGCCCAGGAAACCGGGGACUUUCAGCAAAUCAGUGUCAUGGAAUAAAAUCAAGUGUGAAUUGCUGUCUGGUGUGUGGGGCACCGCUGGGAGGCC